AAACCCGUAAAUUUAUGCAAAUGCCAUGGGCAAAACGGAUCCCAAAAACUCAUCAACAAAAUAUCAUUCAAUUAUUUAAUCAGAUCCUCCACUCCACACUCUGCUCCACUCCACUCGUAUAAUUAAUCAUUAGCAACGCCGGUCACAUUUAGCGACGACUCAGAAUAUUUAUCGUUUGAUUUAAUGGCGAGUACGGCGGCUGCGAUCGGUGCUCUUAGAGUACCGUCUGCUUCUAAUUCGUCGAAUUGUAACCGGAAAACACCAGCGGCAAUGACGACGACGACGAGGAAUCUUUCGUUUUCGUCGUCUAAUCUGUCUGGUGAAAAGAUUUCUGGAAAUGCUUUUAGUUGUUCUACUCGUCGCCAAAGAGCUCCGAUGAUUGCUUCUCCUAAGGCUGUUUCUGAUUCUAAAAACUCUCAGACUUGUCUUGACCCUGACGCUAGCAGAAGUGUAUUGGGAAUUAUUCUUGGAGGUGGUGCUGGGACCCGUCUUUACCCGCUUACUAAAAAGAGGGCAAAGCCUGCUGUUCCUUUAGGAGCAAAUUACAGGCUAAUUGAUAUUCCUGUCAGCAAUUGUUUGAAUAGUAAUGUAUCGAAGAUCUAUGUUCUUACGCAGUUCAAUUCUGCUUCUCUUAAUCGCCACCUUUCUCGUGCGUAUGCUAGCAACAUGGGUGGCUAUAAGAAUGAAGGUUUUGUUGAAGUUCUUGCUGCUCAGCAGAGCCCCGAGAAUCCAAAUUGGUUCCAGGGCACGGCUGAUGCUGUAAGACAGUACUUGUGGUUAUUUGAGGAGCACAAUGUCUUGGAAUUCCUCAUUCUUGCUGGAGACCAUUUGUACCGUAUGGACUAUGAAAGGUUUAUCCAGGCACAUAGAGAAACAGAUGCUGAUAUUACUGUAGCUGCUCUACCAAUGGAUGAAAAACGUGCAACUUCCUUUGGUCUGAUGAAAAUUGAUGAAGAAGGCCGCAUCAUUGAAUUUGCUGAAAAGCCAAAAGGGGAGCAAUUGAAAGCUAUGAAGGUUGACACUACAAUUUUGGGUCUUGAUGACAAGAGAGCAAAAGAGAUGCCAUACAUUGCUAGCAUGGGGAUAUACGUGGUCAGCAAAAAUGUGAUGUUGGAUUUGCUAAGAGAUAAGUUCCCUGGAGCCAAUGAUUUUGGAAGUGAAGUUAUUCCUGGUGCUACUUCCAUUGGGCUGAGGGUGCAAGCUUACUUAUAUGAUGGCUACUGGGAAGAUAUUGGUACAAUUGAGGCAUUUUACAACGCAAAUCUGGGGAUAACUAAAAAGCCAGUACCAGAUUUUAGCUUUUAUGACCGUUCAUCUCCCAUCUACACUCAACCUCGCUAUUUGCCUCCAUCCAAGAUGCUUGAUGCUGAUGUUACAGAUAGUGUUAUUGGGGAGGGUUGUGUUAUUAAGAACUGCAAAAUUCACCACUCAGUGGUUGGGCUUCGCUCUUGCAUAUCAGAAGGUGCCAUUAUAGAAGACACAUUAUUAAUGGGGGCAGAUUAUUACGAGACUGAUGCUGAUAGGAGGUUUCUAGCCGCAAAAGGUAGUGUCCCAAUCGGUAUUGGUAGGAAUUCUCACAUCAAGAGAGCCAUUAUUGACAAAAAUGCUCGUAUUGGAGACAAUGUGAAGAUUAUCAACAGCGACAAUGUACAAGAAGCAGCUCGAGAAACCGAUGGAUAUUUCAUCAAGAGCGGAAUCGUGACAGUAAUCAAGGAUGCGUUGAUCCCUAGCGGAACAGUAAUUUAGGGAGUUUUGUUUUAUCAUUAUGAUCUACUCUUGCAUUUUUUGACGAUAUAACACGUCUUUUUAUCUUAGGCUCCUUUUCAUAAAAUGCGUCGUGUAAAUGGUGUCCUGAUUGUAAAAUCUUGAGUAACCGACGAAGAGAUAACCACAGAAAUUAUGUAAAGAUCUUUUUAUUUUCUACUACGAUCAGGGAAGGCCAUGUUCGUUCAGAGGAAUACUCAUAUGAACUUGAAAUAAAUUCUGCAAUAAAUCUGUGAUAUGGGUAA